AUGUCCAUGCUCCUGUGUCUGUAUGAUAACUUCGUGUAUAUGGCAAUGUCCAUGCUCCUGUGUCUGUAUGAUAACUUCGUGUAUAUGGCAAUGUCCAUGAGUCUGUGUCUGUAUGAUAACUUCGUGUAUAUGAGUCCAUAUGUCUUGAAGCAUCCUCCCGAGGCAAGAGUGUGCAGUAGUCCAUAUGUCUUGAAGCAUCCUCCCGAGGCAAGAGUGUGCAGUAGUCCAUUUGUCUUGAAGCAUCCCCCCGAGGCAAGAGUGUGCAGUAGUCCAUAUGUCUUGAAGCAUCCUCCCGAGGCAAGAGUGUGCAGUAGUCCAUAUGUCUUGAAGCAUCCCCCCGAGGCAAGAGUGUGCAGUAGUCCAUAUGUCUUGAAGCAUCCUCCCGAGGCAAGAGUGUGCAGUAGUCCAUAUGUCUUGAAGCAUCCUCCCGAGGCAAGAGUGUGCAGUAGUCCAUAUGUCUUGAAGCAUCCUCCCGAGGCAAGAGUGUGCAGUAGUCCAUUUGUCUUGAAGCAUCCCCCCGAGGCAAGAGUGUGCAGUAGUCCAUAUGUCUUGAAGCAUCCUCCCGAGGCAAGAGUGUGCAGUAGUCCAUAUGUCUUGAAGCAUCCUCCCGAGGCAAGAGUGUGCAGUAGUCCAUAUGUCUUGAAGCAUCCCCCCGAGGCAAGAGUGUGCAGUAGUCCAUAUGUCUUGAAGCAUCCUCCCGAGGCAAGAGUGUGCAGUAGUCCAUAUGUCUUGAAGCAUCCUCCCGAGGCAAGAGUGUGCAGUAGUCCAUAUGUCUUGAAGCAUCCUCCUGAGGCAAGAGUGUGCAGUAGUCAAUAUGUCUUGAAGCAUCCUCCCGAGGCAAGAGUGUGCAGUAGUCCAUUUGUCUUGAAGCAUCCUCCCGAGGCAAAAGUGUGCACCAGUCAAUAUCACAGCCUCGUGUCCAACCUUCCAGGAGUGUUACAUGGCCAUGAUGUACAGGUAACGCAUAUACUGCAGGAAUAUCACAUGGACAUAAAUGUAGUAUAG